CGGUAUCACACAGGAUUCACCGACAGAUAGCAGACGCGCAGACCAAAGCAGUAUCCCUCCUCCAAUCCCCGUCUCCGAUCUUCAUCUUUUCUGACUCCUCCACUUGGGCUUAUCUUUCCCACAUGUCAAGAACCUUGUGACACCUCAGUAGCCUCUAGCCUCUUGACACCCUAUAAAUCGCAUCCUCUUUGCCGUGCACCUGCCCAAAUACCUGCGAGGGAAGGACACCAAGAAAAGAGAAAAAAAGCUUCCCGUCUGGGAGUUUUCGCGAGCACAUGAGGAUCCACCCGGCAUCGCCCACCGGUGGCGGCAGCAGCGGCAAGAAGGACCUCCGGCGGCUGCCGCACGUGUACAGCAAGGUGCUCGAGCUGCCGCUCCCGGCGGACACCGACGUCGCGGUGUUCGAAGGCCCCGACGCCUUCCACUUCGUCGCGGCCGGUGCGCGUGGCACCGGCGUGGUGCGGCUGCGCACUGUGAGGAUCCACCCCGGCGUUGUCAAGGUAGUGGUGCAGGCUGGCGCUGGAGGAGGCGAUGAGGAGGGUGAUGAUGACGACAUGGAGCUCGACAGGUGGCGGUCCCGGCUGCCCGAGAUGAGCUGUCCGGCGAUGGCGGUGGCCGGGUACGUCGACGGCCAGCUUGUUGUGACGGUGCCAAAGGGGCGUGGUGCCGGUGAAGGUGGCGACGACGGCGAAGGUGAGGUUACCUGGAGGUGCUGCAAUGGAGGAAAGAUCAGUGGAAGACUGGUGACUGUACAGUAGAAGCAAUAGUACGCUAAUUGUUCAUCUGAUCUAUCUAGUAUGUCUUGCCAUCUUUGUUUUUGGGUAAAGAUGGGUUCUUUACGCUCUUUCCUUUCCCUUGCCUGGUUUUAGCAGCAGAUGUUUCAUAAGCCACCUUCCUACUACUUCUUAACUAUGUGGAAUCAGCUAUUAUAACUUCUCUUUGGUUUCCUUGAAAUCAAAUUUAAUUGUAGAUAAAAUCGUGAGAUAAACUUGUCUUGGUGUGUCCCUUGGUGCAACUUGGAUUAUGAUAGAGUAGAUAAGAUUUGGUGGAACUUUGUGUAUCAGAUUUGGUCAGUUAUUAUGACUGCUCCGGUUGCAAAUAGGACCACUUGGUGCUGCUUGUCACAUGGAUUCAUCAAAUCUCUGCUAUUCUGACGGCCCACGGUUUGCGGCGAAGUGUCUAUUAGUCCUAACUAAGAUUAUUGUUCUGGUACAAGACUACCUACGAGGCUAAGCUGUAAGCUCUGAUAUUCUCUUGGGGCCAUGUAAACUGCAAAUAUAUCGAUGGUUUCAGGCAAUAUGUUAUAUAUUUUAACUGGACCAUAAGGUAUUGUCACUGAUGAUACAUGCUCAAGAAGCUAGCGUAUUUUUUUGUGGGGCUUCAAGAAUCUUGUAUCGACAAAUCCAUCGUCUAUUUUGUAUGUUAUUCUGUUCCUAAUGCCAUUUCUUAUGUAACUAGCGGGACUGAAGUCAGUGAUCAUCUGAUAUUCUAUAUUUUCCAGUCGCAACUCGCAACUAAUGUAUUUGCCACUCACUUUCAUCUCGAAGUUGAAGUGUUAAAAAUAUGAUAGGUCAAUAAUGCCAGAAUACUAUGGAUGAAUUGCAAUUCCCACAUGAGCACCUUCCACAAAAUUUGAACUCUUUUGUUAUCAUUCUCCUUGCAAACAGUGCAAAAUACUACAUAAUGUAAAAACUAGUUUCUUUAAUAUUAACUAGCAAGAUGGCUCACCCUAGUAACGUGACUAACCUCACUGCAAUAUUUUAUCACGAUAAACUUUGAUUAAAAAUUAGUAUCUUUAACUUUUUUUAUAAGAUUAGUGCCAUUUACUUAUAAAACACAUAAAAUUAGAAGAAAUAAAAAAUA